UACUGCAACUUGCAAUUUGCAAUAGUAUACGGUUGGUUUUAAUCAUUCGGGCGAAAUUUUGAUUUUAACUUUUUAUAGAUUAUGGUAUAAAUUAAUCUCUCCAUCGUUAAUUAUAAAAUAUAAAAAUGUGAAAAAUGAAAAUAUUUUCUAAUUAAUUAUCAAGUUCUAUGGAAUUAUAAUGCAUUAAAAGUUAGUACCAGCAGGUCUAUUUGUUGUGAAUGAAGGAUAUUAAAUCCAACUGAUGACCAUUAAACCAGCAAGAAGUUCCUAUUUAACUUGUCGCGUUUAAUAAAAUAUUCUGAAACAAUUGGGCUGAAAAUGUGUUGAUACGACGAACAUAUGGUACACUAGUGUUAUUUUUCCGUCAUACAUAUACAAUGUUUGGACUGCGCAAAAAAAGAAGACCAAAUGAAGUAUACCCAUAAAUUCAGCUAUACAACUACGAUCGAUUGGAUGCGCAAAGCAAGGUGGCUUAUGAGAACAACAACAGUUGUAUCUAACUAAACAAUUCUAGCAACGAAUUCCGAAAAUAAGGAAAGAAAAAAGGAUGCAACAGCGGGCAGUAGAUGUCAUGAGAUUUUUUGUACUCAGCAAAUUGCAAAUUAAACUAUUUUGUAUUUGUAUAUAUUAAAAUUUAAGUUAGCGCUAUGCACUAUUGAAUGGACUAUAUACAUAUACAACAAACGCACUAUACGAAUUGAUUUAACUCUUCAACCCUACACUAAACAAAGUCAACGGCAGUGAAGAAAGUCUGUGAAUCGCAUGUCAAAACGAAUACAACUUUUUAUUGUGUAAUGAUUAACGGUGACAAAUACACAGAUCUUGUUCCACUAGUUCUACCAACGCGCAGCCGUAGAAUCACAACGAAAAUGUUCAAAUUGCGUGAACGAAACUGUAUACUAGCGGUCGCCGUGCUGGUGCUAACUCCUUGUCUUAUCAUCUUAUUUAUCAUGGGUCCAGAACUAUCCACCGAACAGUCGUUGUCACAACAAUUGGCCGAAUGUCGUUUCCGUCUACAGUACCUAGAAUCAAUGUAUCGAUCGCGGCAGGAAGAUGUGGCUAUACUUUCACAGUAUUUACAUCUUAGUAAUGCUACAAAAAUGACUUUGGCAUCUGUAGCGCCAUUUCCGCCAGUAAAUGAUAUGAACACGAGCACAUCGGCAAUGCCUGCGUCGGGUUUGCCAACUCUACUGAAAUCGUUAAGCCCGGAAGCAAGGCAAUUAAUUAAAAACGCAACGCACUCACACACAACGCAGCGCUUCAGUUCAUCUGCUGUAAUACGAUUGCCGACGUCCUACAACUUUCUUCCACAUUUACUCGAUGAUGCGGCAUCACUGCGUCCGGCUUAUAUACGUUCGAAGGGUCGAACAGAUGUUAGCAUUGUGCUAGGCAUACCGACGGUAAGGCGUGAAAAGCAGUCAUAUUUGGUGAGCACAUUGCAGAACCUCAUUGAAAACAUGAAUGAAGAGGAGCAAAAUGAGACGUUGAUUAUUGUGUUCAUUGGCGAAUCAGAGGAGGAAACUGUGCAUGCAAUCGCCAAACAAGUCGAGUUGAACUUCGAAGCGUAUGUCGAUUGUGGCCUCAUUGAUAUUAUAGCACCAUCUCCGUCGUAUUAUCCUAAUUUCGACACGUUGCGUAUAACAUUGCAGGACUCUUUGGAGCGUGUGAAAUGGCGUAGUAAGCAAAAUUUGGACUUUGCGUACUUGAUGUCUUAUGCACAAUCCAAAGGUACAUUUUAUGUCCAAUUGGAAGACGAUAUAUUGGCCAAAUCGCAUUUUAUUACCACUAUGAAGAAGUUUGCUAUAACCAAGAGUGCCCUAACAAAACCCGAUCAGCCUUCGUGGUUUUUGCUCGACUUUUGUCAGUUGGGUUUCAUUGGUAAAAUGUUUAAAUCGGCCGAAUUGCCAUAUCUAAUUACAUAUUUCCAAAUGUUCUAUAAUGAUAAACCAGUCGAUUGGUUGCUACACUAUUUUAUGGAGUCGAAAGUAUGCCGCUCUGACAAAGACCAAAAGCAUUGCAAUUCGGAACGAGCCAAAUAUUGGCUGCACUAUCGGCCAUCGCUAUUCCAACACAUUGGUACUAGUUCCUCUCUCAAGGGCAAAGUGCAAAAAUUGAAGGAUAAACAAUUUGGUUCCAAAGUACCAGCAUUCCAUCCCCACAUGCAUAACCCACCAGCAAGAGUUCGAUCGAAUAUUGUCGCUUACAAGAACUAUUUGCUAAAGCGUGCAUAUCGCGGUGAAACAUACUUUUGGGGCUUACUGCCUCAACCUGGUGAUCUGGUGCGCUUUAUAUUUGAAAAGCCAACACUACUACGACGUUAUCUCUUUCGUAGCGGUAAUAGUGAACAUCCAUCGGAUCGAUUCUACAACACUACCGUUGAAGUUUUACCUGUCGAUACUUUAAGCGAAAAUUCAUCCGUGUGGAGUGCGUACAACUCUACAACGGAUGAGUUUCUCAUAGUAGGUGCAUUCGAUGCUUUCGGUGUCGCAGAGGGCGCAGUCGAUGCAAGAAUUGGCGCCAUCAAAGAGAUACGUUUACAUGUACACGGCGACAGCGAGAAUUGGGCACUUUUGAGUGAAAUCGAUUUGGAAGCGAAUAAUGGUGCGCGCAGCGGGGCCGAUAAAUCUUCUACGAACAGCUGAUUGUUACAAUAUCGGAGCUAUACCAUCGCGGGAAACAUAAAAACGAAUCCAAGCUAAAAGGCAACAUUGGAAAAUACUUUUCAUAGAUAGGCUUACAUCAACGAACUUCCACCAAGCGAAAUGGUAUGUAGAAGAACUGACUAACGAAAUGAAAUGAAUGAAAAAAAUAUAUUGGUUGUUUCACUGAUGUUGGACCCAAACUGAAAUUAGAAGUAGUUUAUGCAAAGCGACAUGCGUAAAUGAGAUAAUAAAAAUAAGGUUUUGACCAAAUAAAAUUGAACAUAAAGUAUGUGCAUUAAUUAAAGCGUAAAAUUAUAUAGCAACUAUUGUAAAACAUAUAGUUGAUAUAACUAUGAUAUCCUCUCUUUUAUUGUGCGUAACGUGUGACCUUAAUUUCACUGUUGUUUAUAAUUAAUUUGAUAUUAAUAUACUUAGUUGAUAAGCCGGAACGAUUUCGUGAUAUUUAUAAACCCUAUACAAAUUAGUUGUUUAAUAUAUUUUAUCUCGAAUAUUUUUUUUUUUUUAAGUAACCAAAAUGUAUUUGAAAUUUAUACGUCUCCACAUGCAUGAGUGCAUGCAUUUUCCCAAUUUUGUAAUCUUAAAGUGUAUAGCCAUAAGAUAAGGAUAAUGUGGAUCUGUGGAAAUGCAUCAGGCUACGUAUAUUUGUAUUUAUUUAUUUGAAGAUAUCCUGAAUUUCCAUUAAAUUGCAUUUGCCGGAAUCGAAAUCAGUUCAAGACCUAAAUUUAAAUGUUAAGAAGCUUUUUGAUUUCGAAAGUGAUUGUUCCCAUGCUAAAAGUUCUAAAAUUUGUUUUUGUGUUUGGCGUACAGAACAAGUCUGUAGUGGAAAGAACACCUGUAGAAUUAUCGGAUUUCCCUAAUUUUAAUUUAUAUACAUACAUAUGUACAUGUACACACUUAAGAUGCGAAAAUAUUUUGGACUCACUUACGAUUUUCACAUGACGUUAAAAAAAGAUGAAAUAACAUAUGUAAGGCACUAAUACAUAAUAAAAAAUAUAUUUGUAUUGUAAAGUACCAAAUACUAGAUGGAUAGGAUUAAAGCUUCGUGGAAGUCAUUAUAAGGGUACAUAUUUUGCAAGUCCGUGUUUGAAUUCUACCAUAUGUAGCAUGUAGUCUAAAUAUCAUUGCAAAUGUUAAUAAAACAAUUGCGAAUAAGUGUUAUUACACAAGCUUUUCUUUUGCAAAAUACUCGUAAGGCAAAUCUUUUUAUAGAUAAUAUUCAACUUCUUAUGUACAGACAAUUUUUAACUGAUUUCUCAAACCGUUCUGAAUUAAAUUUAUAUAAUUAAUUGGUACAAUUGAAUUAAAAACAUUAACAUUCAUUUGAACAUACUCGUAUAUAAAAACAUUUAAUAUAAUUGAACAAUUUCAUUUUUACUCACAAUUCUCAGAGAUAAAGAAUAUAUAAAUAUCAAGUGGGAAGUUUGUAGCGUUGAUUUUGUAUUAAUGUGGUUUAUUUAGCUUCUAUUUUACUUGUUAUUAUCUUUUUCUUAGAAUUUGGAAAUGAAUUUUUUUAAUUAAUAAAUUAUUUAUUCGACAUUUGAAACUCGCGCGAAAAAAACAGAAUGUUAAUUUUUGAAAUUUUUAUAUAAAUCGCGUCCACGUCAGGGAUGUACAUAUUAAAUGAAAAAUACAAUAUUUUUGCUUAAAUAAAUAAACAUUGCCUUUACUUUUUUAAUUACUAUUAUUAAGAAUAAAUCACCAUUAAUCGAAUUAAAUAUAAUUGUAUGGAUAUUUAAUUAUAUUUUGCGCCCUCCAAAUUUCUAAGGAUUUUUAUAUAACUUUUCUUCACCCAUGAAAUACACAAACUAGCGUUGUACGCUUUAGCAAGCGUUUUAAAACAUUAAAUCAAAAACUAUAUUACUUUUUAUAAUUUUUAAGCGGGCAAACUAGCAUCCUAAUUUUUAAUUUUAUUGCCACUAUAUUUAGUUAAGAAAAUAAUUUCCAAAACAUUUAAUAUAAAACCUAUAAUUCCUUUCCAAAGGUGCCUAUGUUCAAAUCAAAGUUCAGAGCAUAACUGUUAAAAUAUUUUUGAAUUCUAAAACAUUUUAUUCAUAUAAUAUAAUAAUAUCUUGAAGGUUUGGAGUUUUGUUAUGAUACUUGUCGAAAUAGAGAAACGAUAUAAUUUAUUAAAAGUAUGUACAUAUAUAUGUACGUAUUUUUAUAGGGUUUUCAUUACAAUAACGCUCUCGGAAUAACCGAUCUUCAAGUUAGAUAAACUUCCAUCAUACAUUUUCUAAUGUUGAUAAAACCACUGUACAGAAAGAGCUAGUUGUUGACUUUUUACAGAAAAAUGGUAUUCAGUGUAUAUUUCCAUAGUAUGAAGGGAAAGUGGUCUAGUAUUAACUUCUUAGCGGAUAAAUGUAAAGAGUUUGCUUUAACGCCGAAUAUAUUAUCUUGGAUUUCGUCUCCGUUUCGAUUUCAAUUACAUUUUUAGCAUUUUUGAAAGCAAAAUGCAUUUAAUAUAUGAACUUUUCACAACGUGAAAAUUAAUUACGAAAAUAUAACACCCAAAUUUACAAGUAAUAGAGAGAUCCUUCAACCUAAAGCAGAUCUCUACAUUUGGCUUGGUCCAAAAUAGACUACUCACUGCUACUACAUUUCAAAGGUGGUAGUUAGCAUUAGUAAUAGUAUUGUUAGUAGUGUUUUUAACGCUAAACAGAAAACACGAGAUUUGGCUGAUAUUAUUUGAAAUUUAAAAUGUUCUCGAAUAUUUAAAAUAAGCGUAUGGAAAUAUAGAAUCCUAAACAUUAUAAUAACUGCUUUUAUAUAAAAUUAAUAAUUCGUUAUUUACAAAAGCAUAAUUAUUUUUUAAAUGCUUACAUUAAGUACGAAGUGAGGCUGGUAACACUAUUGUAGUUUUACAGAAAAAUUUGGCAACGAAAGUUUACAUUAUUUAUAUAAUAACGCGAAAGGAAUAUAUGCGUAAACUAAUAUUUGAAAUUAUUGAAAUGGGUUUGUUUGUUGAAAAACACGUGUGCAGAGUUCAACUUCGGAACGGUCCACUAAUACAAAAAUAAGAACCAAAACAAUUUAAAAUGUAUAGAUAUAGAUAUUUAUUUUUUGAACAUUUAUUAUUAUAUAAACGAAAAUAAUUAAACCUUUUGUAUGAUAAUUUAUUUUCACUUGAAAGCUUUACAGCUUAAAUUUAAUUAAGAAAUAAUAAUAAAAAUCGGUGUAAAUAUAAAAAUUAUGUCAUACGCUGUAUUGUAAAAUAACUCGAAACUUACUCUUAAAUGCUGUGAAAAUAGGCAUAUUAUUUGUUUUUGAUGUCUGCUUCUAGCAACUGUGUAAUUAGCUGUUAAUGUUGUCGAGUUUCGAGUUAGUAAAGUGCUAAAAUCACUUGAGUACAGUUUAUAUAUGUGAUUCAAACUUUUUACCAAAAAAAAACCAAACAGCUUUCGAUGUAUAAAAUAUAAGAGACAUAUUCGACGCAGCUGCACAUACAGCGGCAAAGAAUUAAACAAUAAAUAAAUAAAUACAAUAGGGAUUGUUGGAAAACCCACAAAAUUUAGUUUUAUUCGGAUCCAGAAUACAGGUCAGCUGCUUAUAUUUAUUGCAAAAAUAUCGAAUUGAAAAUACCACUUUCUAAUUUGUCAUUAUUAUUCAUAUACGUUUUUAAUAUUUAAAUUUAUUUUGCAUUCGUCGAAUAUGUUUAUAAAUAUGUAUGUAUAAUAAUAGUAAAUAGUUUUGAAGUUUAUGUAAUUUGAAAUGUAACAUUUGAUGUUUAAUAACGUCGAUUGUAAUUAGAUAAUUUGUUUUUGUUUUUGUUGUUUAAAUAAAAAUACUUGGUUUUUAACAGUGA